UGAAGGAAAAAAGCACGUAGCAUCUCUCCUUCGUCUUUAAUCAAACUGCUUCUUCCGCGAUUAGAUGGAGAGAUCACCGGAGAAUUCAAACGGAGAUGCGAUUUUCCGAUCAUUAGCAAUAUAGUUCUUCGUCGGAGAACAGAUAAUCUCAAAGUACAUCCAGAUUACCAGAGAAGGUUGAAGCGGAGGUUAUACAGUAACCGUAAUCGACGCGACGAAGAUGAAGUGAUCAAGUGAAGAGCUUCGAAGGAAGGUUAUCACCGUUAAGAUGAUGACGCCGUUGAAUUUGAUUUUAAUCGUAAUCGUAAUCGUAAUCGUAAUCGGAGGAUCCGUCUCUUCUUCUCCGGAGCGUUGCGACGGAGCAUGCGGCGGAAUGAUUCUGCCUUAUCCUUUCGGAUUCUCACACGGUUGUCCUAUCCGAUUCGAUUGUUUCGCGGCGAAGCAAGCGAGGAUCGGAGCUUUCUCCGUUCAGAACGUGACGGGAGACAGCAUAUUCGCCCGCGUCCCACACGACUGUUCCCGGAGUGUCGAAGCCAUGAAGCCUCUCUUCGGCGAGCGUUACGCGCCGACGUCGGAGAACAGCUUCCUCAUGGAGCAGUGCACGAAUCAAACCGAUGGAUGCUCGAUCAAGCAGAGGUUUCUUGAGACUCAGCUGAAGCUGCAAAGCUGCGAAGUCCAGGGGAACGUGAGCUGUUUCUCUGCGGAUACGAACUCGAGCUCGACCAAGUUUUUCAGCAUGAAGGAUUUGAGGAACAGCUCGUGCAAGAUGCUGUUUUCGUCUAUAGCUUUUGAGUCUGUAGGUGCGAGUUUGGGGAUAGCGUUGGAGUUUGAGAGGGUUAGGUUAGGUUGGUGGCUUAAGGGAGGUUGUGGAACUGGAAACUCAACUUGUGCGGCUUAUGCUAAUUGUAAGGAGGUUGAUACUCCUGAUGGCAAUGCAGGACACCGGUGCUCGUGUCCCGAGGGUUACCUUGGAGAUGGGUUCAUCGAAUCUCCUUGCAAGAAAGCAUUACCGAACUGCCGCGGUUCAAGGCUAGUCUGGAGACAUUGUAGAUCUAGCCUUGCUAUUGUUGUGGGAGGAACUGUUGGUGGAGCAUUUAUGCUAGCUGGAUUGGCUCUUUUGUUUGCUUGUAAACAGAAACGGUCUGCUUCUUUGAGAAGCCAUUUAAGCGCAAAGAGGCGUCUUUUGUCUGAAGCUACUGGCAACUCAAAUAUCGCUUUCUUCCCUUACAAGGAGGUCGAGAAAGCAACGAAUGCUUUCUCUGAAAAGCAGAGACUAGGAACAGGCGCAUAUGGUACUGUCUAUAAAGGGAAGCUCCAAAACGAUGAAUGGGUUGCUAUCAAAAGACUCAGACACAGAGACUCAGAAAGUGUUGACCAGGUCAUGAACGAGAUCAAGCUUCUUUCCUCGGUAAGCCACCCGAAUCUUGUCCGUCUCUUAGGAUGCUGUAUAGACCAAGGCGACCCGGUUCUCGUUUAUGAGUUCAUGCCAAAUGGAACUUUAUCAGAACAUCUACAAAGAGAGAUAGGGAGCGGUCUUCCAUGGACGGUGCGUCUCACUGUUGCCACCCAAACAGCUAAAGCAAUCGCUUAUCUCCACUCUGCAAUGAACCCACCAAUCUAUCACCGUGACAUCAAGUCGACCAACAUCCUUCUCGACUAUGAUUACAACUCCAAAGUUGCUGACUUUGGACUCUCUAGGCUCGGAAUAACUGAAACAUCCCACAUCUCAACGGCUCCUCAAGGGACCCCUGGCUACCUCGACCCGCAGUACCAUCAAUGCUUUCAUCUCUCCGAUAAGAGCGAUGUCUACAGCUUCGGAGUGGUUCUUGCUGAGAUUAUAACAGGGUUGAAAGCUGUUGACUUCACUCGCCCGCAUUCUCAAAUCAACUUAGCUGCUCUUGCUGUUGACAAAAUCGGAUCAGGCUGUCUUGACGAGAUUAUAGACCCGAUUCUCGACGUGCGUCUAGACGCAUGGACUCUCUCGUCAAUGCACACCGUGGCUGAGCUUGCUUUCCGGUGCUUAUCCUUCCACAGUGACAUGAGACCUACGAUGAGUGAAGUAGCCGACGAGCUUGAACAGAUACGGCUCAGCGGUUGGAUUCCAACCAUGAGCCUGGAUUCACCGACCGGAAGUGAAAAAUCAGCAUCAGUUAAAAAAGCAUCAGCAGGAAGCAGAAGACUCGUUGUCCCUCCCAAGCAACCGGAUAUCCUCGCUUUUGUCGAAGAGAAGGACGAUAGCUCACCAGUGUCGGUUCAAGAUCCUUGGUUAAGUGCACAGAGCUCACCUUCUACAAACACGUUGCUUGGUAACAUUCCAAGGUGAUAAUGAUCUUAACGCACUGUUUACCACUUGAUAAUGAUCUUUGUGUAGCUUGUCACAUCAUUUAGUGUUCAUAAUGAUAAGUAAAGAGGAGAUUAACGGUGGAGAAUACAGUUUUAUAAAUAAGUAAACGAUCUUGAAACAAGAUCUUUCAGUCAGUA